GCGCCUCCCAAAACCAGCCAAUCAGAGGCGAGAACACCGACAGAAGCAGCCAAUCAGGGACCAUCACACGGAUCGCAAUCGCCAUAAAGCCGUUGAAGUGGACCACUAAUCCUGGCCUUCGCUCUCCUCCCUUACUAUAAAAGACCGAACAUUCCCUCCUUUCUUCUUUUUAUCGUCUCCGGCUUCCUUGUUUCUUCGAAAGAGCAAAACCCUAACUUCGAGAUCUUCUUCCAGGCCUCUGAAUCGAAAUGGCUCGUACGAAGCAAACCGCUCGCAAGUCAACCGGAGGAAAGGCUCCGAGGAAGCAGCUCGCCACCAAGGCUGCGAGGAAGUCGGCGCCUACGACCGGCGGAGUCAAGAAGCCUCACCGUUAUCGUCCCGGAACUGUUGCCCUUCGUGAAAUUAGGAAAUACCAGAAGAGCACAGAGCUCCUGAUUCGCAAGUUGCCUUUCCAGCGCCUGGUGCGUGAAAUUGCUCAAGAUUUCAAGACGGAUCUGAGGUUCCAGAGUCACGCUGUUCUGGCUCUUCAGGAAGCUGCAGAGGCAUAUCUGGUGGGUUUGUUUGAGGAUACGAAUCUGUGCGCUAUCCACGCUAAGAGGGUCACCAUUAUGCCCAAGGACAUUCAGCUUGCUCGUCGAAUCCGCGGUGAACGAGCUUGAAUUAUCUUUCUCCUAGUUUGCCUCUGGGCAAGAUUUCCAUGAUUCUUGAUUAGUUCUAUCAUAGGUUCUGGUUUUGUAUAUAUGCUUUUGCAUACUUCGAAAACUCCCUUUGGUAAUUUCUUGCUUUUGUAGGGGACAAACAAUUUGCUUGAAACUUCUUUCGUUUUGUUGGAACACAAAUUUGAUAUUGGUAUGUAGCUUUUAGUUGGCAAA